GGAUACAGAAAACAGGAACAGACGGAGGCCGAGUUGGAUCUUGAAUACGUUUUGAGAAAUGGCGGCUGUUGAAGACACAAACAGUACACAAAACCCCAGCGGUUUAGAUGCUCCGAAACUGUCGGAUUUGCUGGACAGGGGCUGGAAGCUCUUUGAAGAGGUGGACACCACGAAUGAGCCGAGCAGCUCCAACCCGGUGCAGGUGAAAGUCAAGCGCGCCAUCAUGCAGCUGGAGGAGGCGACGAGGAUGGUCAACCAGCUGGACCUCUUCAGCCGUAAUGAGGCGCUGGAGGAAAUCUCUACCACAGAUCUGAAGUAUCUGCUGUUGCCGGCUCUGCUGGGCGCUCUCACCAUGAAACAGGUGAACCCCAACAAGCGACUGGAGUACGUGCAGGCGGCCCGCGUUUACUUCAUAGACUUCCUCAAGAGGUGCAAGGACUAUGACAUAUGUAGUUUUCAGCUGCCCAAAGACUGCGAGAACACAGCAGACACUCCCACUGAGGAGCAGAGCAGUCCAGCAGUCCCAAUGCCAAUGUCCCAGCCAGACCUCAUCGCCAUGGCAACACAGAGACAAGCCAAAAUUGAGAGGUUUAAGCAGCGUAAGGACACUGAAGCCAAGCUGAGUGAGAUCAAGGGACUGGUUGAAUCCGGUUCUGCUGAUGAAGAUGUGGUGAGGGAUUUUUACCUGCUGCACGUGCGCAGAUGGAUCACGUUAGCAAUUGAAGAGAUCGACUCGAUCAACGUUGAGAUAGAGAUACUCAAACGCAUGGAGCUCUUCAAGCAGAGUGCCCCCCAGCCUUCUCCACCCAAAAGACCACCCAUGAAGCCUUUUAUCUUGACCAAGGAUGCAAUGCAGGCAAAAGUGUUUGGCGCAGGGUAUCCCAGCCUUGCCACCAUGACCGUGGACGAUUGGUAUGACCAGCACAGACGACAAGGAUGUUUACCAGACCAGGGCAUACCACGCAGCACAACAGACGGUGAUGCAGAGGAGGAUGAGCGAGCAGAAAGAGAGCGGAAGGAAGAGAACGAUGAUGAAGAGGCACUGCAGAAGGCACGAGACUGGGACGACUGGAAGGACACGCACCGGAGAGGAUAUGGCAACCGCAAGAACAUGGGCUGAUCUGCUCUCUCGCGAACGCACAAACAAAUGUCCAUUCAGUUUCCACAACAAAAACUCCCAAUGCUGCCAAUAUGUGACAUGGACACGACAGAGAGCGGCACUUUAGUGGCUAGUUGGUAUUUUUUCUAAAACAAGUUCGCGUAUUUGACGUCCUUUUUAUAUGUCUCUAUAUGAAUCUAAAAUUGUGGUGAGCUUAAUAGGUUAGAACAGUCAGAAAUGAAACAUAGGUUAUGAAAUACUCACCCUUAUGUUCCAAUCCUUGAAAUCUAGAUGCAAUGGAUCUGACUUGUUCAAAGUUCAGAAGAAUAUCGAAAACAUCCUCAAAACACACCAUAUGUCUUCAGUGGUUCAGUCAGAAUAUUAUCAAGCUACGUGAAUACUUUGUGUGCUCAUAAAAUCUACAUUUAUUCAACAGCUUUUCCUCCUCAGUGCUGGUUUACUUUCAUUAUAUCAGUGCACUGAUGUAUGUCAAAGAGACACAAGCAAAGAGCGCAGCGCUCUCGUGAACGUGCACAAUAUACUGACCCUGAGAAGAAACUCUUGAUUAAAAUCAAUUAUAUACGUGUUAUGUGCACACAAAGUAAUCUUGUAGCUUGAUAAUAUUUCACUUUUUAAACACGCAUGGUGUGUUUUUUUUCUGGACUUUAAACAAUACGGGACUGUUGAUGAAGGAACUCUCAGAUUUUAUCCAAAAUAACUACAUUUGUGUCCCAAACCUUUCAGAUUCAUCUUCGGAACAACAUCAGGAUGAGUUAUUUAUAACAGAAUCAAAUUUCUGGGUGAACUAACCCUUCAAAUGAGACUUUUCAUUGCUUCAUGUCACUCUUUCCUGUAAGAUUGAAACGUUUGCCUUUUCAUGGAUGUUGUUUUGAGCAACAUUUCUACAGAAGUGUUUGCUGUACAGUUAAGGGUCAGAAGGACGUCUUCACCCAUGUAGUUACACCAUAUGUGCUGUUUGAUUUGGAGCCAGCUAAGACUGCAUGUUCUUUAACUAUUAGCAGAUACUGCUAGGCCUUGUUUUCCUGGUUUCAGAUGAGCUAGAGUUAUCAGAACCAGCAUCAGCACUUGCAUGGAUCUGACUGCUUCAGAAUUGCUGAAGAAACUGUGUGGGACGUUUUAUGCUGAAAUUUAUUUAUUGCAUAAUCUGUCAAUUUCUCUGUUCUUUUGGAAAAAUUCUGUAAGGUCAACCUCUAGUAAACAAACACAAAAGCACCUUUCAA